UCCUGGUGGUAUAUAAGGGGUUUUAAGGAGAGUCGUGUGCCAGACACGCAGCCACUGAACCACAAGCAGCUUCGCUUUAACUGGAGUGCCUGGGAGUCGCGUGCCAGGAGCCGCACGGCCAAGGACUGACUGACAGACAGACACGCACCACCACCACAACACACGAGACUCCGGCGGGCCGCCGCCGGGCUCUUGGCAAACUCCGGUGUCGGAGAGGUCCCCCGUGGAGCCGCGCGGCCGCAGCGCAAGGUCCGCUGCUUUCAAGCCAAGACCGAAGGACGCAGCGCUCGCGCUUCCGGCUGCGCCAAAGUCACCUCUCCGCGGAGGCGCACUCGGAGCCUAGCAACAUGUUCGUCAAAACCGAGACCUUGGAGUUCAAGGAGGAGGAAGAUGUGCUGGUGCUACUUGGCUCGGCUUCUCCGGCUUCGGCCGCCCUCACUCCACUAUCGUCCAGCGCAGACGAGGAAGAGGAGGAGGAGAUGGGCGCGUCGGGAGAGGCGCGUCGGCAGCCUGGGGUCGAGGCGGGACUGGGGGCGCGGGGCAGCUCGGCGGCGGUCGCUGCCGAGGGCUGCCGGCCCGCGCGGUUACUGGGUCUGGGACACGAAUGCAAGCGGCGUCCCUCGCGGACGCGGGCCAUGUCUCGCGGCGCCAAAACGGCCGAGACCGUGCAGCGCAUCAAGAAGACGCGCAGACUGAAGGCUAACAACCGCGAGCGCAACCGCAUGCACAACCUUAACGCGGCGCUGGAUGCGCUGCGCGAGGUGCUCCCCACGUUCCCCGAGGACGCCAAACUCACCAAGAUUGAGACGUUGCGCUUCGCCCACAACUACAUCUGGGCGCUCACCGAGACCCUGCGCCUGGCCGACCACUGCGGGGGUGGCGGCGGGGGCCUGCCGGGGGCGCUCUUCUCCGAGGCUGUGCUGCUGAGCCCAGGAAGCGCUAGCGCUACCCUGAGCAGCAGCGCCGAUAGCCCGUCGCCCGCCUCCACGUGGAGUUGCACCAACAGCCCUGCGCCGUCCUCCUCCGUCUCUAACUCCACCUCCCCCUACAGUUGCACUUUAUCGCCAGCCAGCCCGGCCGGGUCAGACUUGGACUACUGGCAGGCCCCAGCUCCCGACAAGCACCGCUAUGCAUCUCACCUCCCCAUAGCCAGGGAUUGUAUCUAGAGCUGCGAUCUCUGCUCUUCCCUCUCCUCCCCGCUCACCCGCCAGGCCUUACUGGCAGCUGUGGCUCGUCCUCCCCCUGCUCACCAACAAGCCCACCUCCCGCCCUUACCCGCCUCCAUUCUCCACGCUCUGGAAGCCACUCACCCCGCUU